CUUAAGGACGUGAACGCGGAGGAAAUUUACAGCCCCCUGACAACACCCGUGUUUGGAAAGGAUGUCGUAUAUGAUUGUCCAAACUCGAAGUUGAUGGAGCAGAAGAAGGUAAGCAUGCCAUGCAGGCUGGAGGAACUCCUGCUAACCGCACGAUAAGUUUGUCAAAUUCGGCCUCACCUCUUCAGCUCUGCAAUCAUACGUCACAUUGAUUGCGCAGGAGACCCGCCAGUUCUUUGCCAAGGAUGCCGCCCACAAGAAGUUCGCUUCGAAUGGAGGUACUACCAACCUGCCUCCUGUCAUGGCUGAGCUUACCAUCUACACUGCGAGCCGUUCUUUGCAGGGCAAAGAAGUACGCGAGAGAUUCGACUCGAGUUUCGCUGACCUCUACCACGACCUGGACAUGGGUUUCACACCGAUCAACUUCAUGAUGCCAUGGGCACCCCUUCCUCAGAACAGGAAGCGUGACCGAGCGCAGCAGAAGAUGGCUGAUACUUACCGCUCGAUUAUCGAGCAGCGUCGCAAGGAGGGCGGCGAAAAGAGCGAUGACCGUGAAGAGGACAUGAUCUGGAAUCUGAUGAAAUGCAGCUACAAAGAUGGAACACCACUCACCGACCGAGAGAUUGCUCACAUGAUGAUUGCCUUGCUCAUGGCCGGACAACACUCUUCCUCCGCUACCAUUUCCUGGAUCCUCCUUCGACUCGCUUCACGACCCGAUAUCCAGGAUGAGCUUCUUCAAGAGCAGAAAGACGUCCUGGGAUUGAAUGCUGAUGGUAGUAUCAAAGACCUGACAUAUGAGAACCUCUCAAGGCUACCCCUCCACAGCCAAGUCGUCAAGGAGACUCUUCGUCUUCACUCCCCGAUUCAUUCCAUCUUGCGCAAGGUCAAGUCACCCAUGCCUGUCGAGGGCACUCGAUUUGUCAUUCCAACCACCCACAGCUUGCUAGCAGCGCCUGGCGCGACCAGCCGGAUGGACUCACACUUUCCACAGUCUGCACAUUGGGAGCCUCACCGAUGGGACGAGUCGCCUGCAGAGAAACACAUCCACCUCGCUCCAGCCCAUCUCACAGAGGGUGUCGCCGAGGAGAAGGAGGAUUAUGGAUAUGGAUUGGUUAGCAAAGGUGCCGCCAGCCCGUACCUACCCUUCGGCGCUGGCAGACAUCGAUGCAUUGGUGAGCAAUUCGCCUAUGUGCAAUUGCAGACCAUCAUGGCUACUGUUGUCCGCGAUUUCAGGUUCACCAAUGUGGACGGUAGCGAUAAGGUCGUGGGUACGGACUACAGCAGUCUGUUCAGCCGGCCACUAAACCCAGCUGUCAUUCGAUGGGAUCGGAGAGAGAAGAAGUAGCGUUUAGUGCAAAGCAAAU